AUGAGUCUCUUCCUCGCCAUUCCAGGACUGCUGGGCUUGCAUGGAUUGCCAGGGUUGGAUGAAUCCCUUUCUCGGCGUGGAUGUUUGGUGGCUCAUUUGCCCGUCUCGCUCUCAACUCCCACUGUCUUGAGCCCGGGUGAGAUCUUACCAGGGUGCAAUGAUGCCUUCCUUGCCUUUUUGCCGAAAGGCGCGCUGGAGGUAAACCUUGUCCGUGCGCCUGAGAACGCCCGUCUGCUGGCUCUCGGCGGCUGCGAUUGCAAGAUUAUUGCAGCGCACUUGUCCAGCCUCUCAGUUAUUAUGCCCGCCGCGUGA